AUGUUCUCCAAGGGGUUGCUGGCUGUACUGGCCGCGCAGACAUGCGCUGCGGCGGUUUCCAAGGCACGCGAUGACGCGACUUGCACGAAGACUACGGUCGCAAUUCUGGGCGGUGGAAUGGCGGGCGUCGCCGCGGCUCAAGCAUUGCAUAACUCGUCCAUCGAGGACUUUGUACUAAUUGAGUACCGCGACACUCUUGGCGGGCGUGUUGCACACACGGACUUCGGCAAGGAUGAGAAUGGCAAGCCAUACACGGUGGAACUAGGUGCCAAUUGGGUGCAAGGACUUGGCUCUCCUGGAGGCCCUGAAAAUCCCAUUUGGACAUUCGCGAAGAAAUGGAAUCUCAACAACACUUAUUCUAACUACAGUUCUAUCCUGACCUACGAUGAGAGUGGAUUCAAUGACUAUGCCUCUAUGCUCGAUGACUUUGAGGACCUUUACGAUGACGCUUCUGAACAAGCUGGCAUUCUCCUGAAGGAGAACCUGCAGGAUCAGACUGCGCGUACUGGCCUUGCUCUGGCUGGCUGGCGACCCAAGAUUGAUGACAUGAAGGCUCAAGCUGUCGAGUGGUGGGAAUGGGACUGGGAGGAUGCUUAUUCGCCCGAUGAGAGCUCUUUCAUUUUCGGCGCUGCGGGCGAGAACCUCACCUUCAACCAAUUCAGCGACGCAAAUAACUACGUCUGGGACCAGCGUGGCUAUAACCACCUCAUCAAGGGCGAGGCCUCGACUUUCUUGAAGAAGAACGAUCCUCGUCUCCACCUAAACUCCAUCGUCACGAACAUCACUUAUACUGAUGACGGCGUGACGAUCCAGAAGAAGGAUGGAAGCUGUGUGCAAGCAGCCUACGCUGUCUGUACUUUCUCUCUCGGCGUUCUCCAAAACAGCGACGUGACAUUCAGCCCGAAAUUGCCGUACUGGAAGCGCACUGCGAUUGAGAAAUUCAGCAUGGGCACUUAUACCAAGAUUUUCCUCCAAUUCAAUGAAACCUUCUGGCCUCAGGAUACGCAGUACUUCCUCUACGCAGACCCAAUCACAAGAGGAUACUACCCUGUUUGGCAAUCUCUCUCAGCACCGGGUUUCAUCCCCGAGUCAAACAUCAUCUUCGUGACUGUAGUCUCGCAGGAGGCAUACCGUGUCGAGCGUCAGUCCGACGAAGAAACUCAAAAGGAGGUCAUGAAGGUUCUCCGUGAAAUGUAUCCGGACAAAGACAUCCCCGAACCAACCGCAUUCAUGUAUCCCCGCUGGAGCACGACCCCGUGGGCGUACGGAAGCUAUUCGAACUGGCCCCCAUCGACUACGCUCGAGAUGCAUGAGAACCUGCGCGCGAAUGUUGAUCGCCUAUGGUUUGCUGGCGAGGCGACAAGCGCGGGAUACUUUGGUUUCCUACACGGUGCCUGGUUCGAGGGUCGCGAUGCGGGUGAACAGAUUGCUGCUUUGCUUCAGGAUAAGUGCAGCAAUGUGUCGGAUACUUCUGACGACUGUGGAAACCGCAGAUACUACGAGAAGCUUUCUGGGUCUUCGCCAUUGGCGGAUUACAGUGUUUUCGAUGGGUGGCCAGUUAGCAGCUUCUACUCGAGCAGCUAG